AUGUGGCCGCUACGAGUCUAUACCCGCAAGAAGCGGGCCGACCAGAGACUCAACCUAACCCCGACGCCGGACCUAGCGGAGCCUCCCCCAGGCCUGAAAGGAAAUGACAAAGCACACGGUUUGCCGAAGAUUGUGGAGAAAGCGGAGCGCAGUGCGCAGGGAGCUGGCUGCUCUGGGCUGCCGAGCACUCAGUUAAGAGUUACAGGAGAGAAAAGCCUGCAAGAAAGUAGCACUAGUGAAGAGCUCCAGGAUGAGAAGAUGGCUCCGCUGAGCGAGUCAGUCCCUGAUGACCUCCAGAUUGACAGUAGUUCAUCAAAUAGUGAACUGUUAUCAGGGCUAAGUUUGCAGCACGAUAUUUCUAGUUCUCUUCUGAGCUAUUCAAUCACAGACUCUUAUACAGAAUAUAAGAGUUUUGAAGAGAGUUUAAGUAGCUUCCCGUCACCUGAACUCUUCAGAGGAUCAGAUUGUUUAGAUUGGGAACGUCCCAAGUUAGAAUACCUGCAAUGCAAGAAUUCAACUCUUCUGGAUACCAGUAAAGCAGUACCGAUAGAGAAGGCAUCACAGUUUUCAAACCUCUCUGCAAUUUUAAGUACCUCUUCAGAAGACUAUCAGAAAUGCCAUAGGAAAAUAGGGAUGCUGUUAGCAGACCAAAACAUUCCUCCAAAACCAAAGAAUACUUCAAAUUCAGAAUCAGAUAAUGCAGCUUGUGAAGUUUUACUUGCUGAGAAAACUUGUCCUUCAACCCCUGAAAAAACAAAGAAAAAAAACACAAAUUCCAGUACUCCUGAUAAGAAAAGCAGAGGCCUGUUAACAAGUACUCCGUCUUCACAAACAGCUGGCUUCGUGAUUGAUUUGUCCUCAGUGCAAAAAGCAUCUUUUGAAGAACUAUUUCCAAAUGUCAGCAAAUAUGUUAAUUCAAAUGAAAUUGUUUCUGGGUCAAGUUUGCAAGAAAAUGCUUCAAAUGAGGUUCCUUCAAAAACAUCAGAAGUCUGUUAUAUUAUUAGAGCAUCACCAGGAACUAGACAAGUGAAAAGUAAAAGUGUUAUUGUAAAGAAGAAGACAUAUUCUCCUCCUAAAGAUAUUCCUCAAGAUAUUAUAAUAAAAACAAAUGGCAGGAUGUAG